AUGGUCAUAAAUAUAUUUCUACUGCUAUUGGCCACAGGGGCCUUAGCCGAUCGUAAAGGCUGUUACGAUGAAUGUAAUGACCUUGAUGACACCUUAAAAUAUGAAGAAUGCCUUACACUAUAUUACCCAGCCCCUCCCGUCAAUGUAACGAUCAAAACGGAAGUAGUGAUUCUGGAAGACGGCAAAAUUCUGGAAACUACAGUGCAUUGGGAUUCGAUUCCGGAUAAUGAAAGAACGGGAUAUUACCUCCGAUACACUGCCGUCGAUCAAAAAUGCCAGCAGGAUUUUUCGGGUUAUUUUACGAAUACCAUUCCAAAGACAGCAAAAUCGCACACAAUCCCUGUGCUUCUCGACGAUGCUAGUGAAAGGGCAUUGGCGAUAGAACACGAUUGCCAGUACAAAUUGGAGAUGCGUUCUCGGCCAAAUCCAUCUGGGGACAAGCUAUUUACUGUCGUCUUGUUUUAUCGGGUGCCGAAUUGUAUUGGGAAAUAUUGCGCUUGUACUGAUGGAGCUGUCCCUUUGCCGGAGAACGUAACUGCCGAACAUGUCUCUCAAGGAGUCUACGUUAAAUGGAACUUUUUCCCGAGUUUAGACAGAAAAUACAAAUUCCACAUUACACUGUAUGAACGCUUCUACCCUCCGUUUGUAUUCAAAGAUCCGACUUCAUUCAAAUAUAAAAUUGUGCAUGGGGCGGAAUAUAGUUUGGAGUCGAAGGAGAAACAAACCGCUUACGACGUUGUACUACCUUUUCAACUACCGUCAAAUCAGGAAUACAAGAUAACGAUUUUUGCCCAAGACGACCAGUACUGUCAUAACGAAGAUACGCACGUCGAAUUCCGAUCUAAAAAUCAUACAACUCUCAAGCCAAUUACUACCGAAUCCACGCCUCUACCAACCACACAAGAAACUACUGAAUCCACGACAAAUUCUACAGUUCCGGUCUUGAUUCCGGUAAUCGACCCAAACACCUCUGUCAUCCUAAGAGACCAUUUUGUCAUCUCCCACGCCUGGGUGCUGAGCUUUAUUUUAGCCAUCUUUCUCUUCAUAUCGUUGCCGUUAUUUGUGGCCUGGAUAUGCUUCCGGAACCGGGCGAAGAAGCGGCAAAAGUUGAGUAGAUUACGUCCACAGUGGUCGUUGUCGCAUUCAAGGCAUUCAAUCCUGGAGACAAAUAUCCUGUAUCGGCGGCCGAUCGAGUUUCGGCAGCCGAUAAAGGAGGAGGAUUGGGUGAUACAACGAGAAGAUAUUUCGAGUGGAAGUGUUAUUGGAGAAGGAGCUUUUGGCCUUGUUUGUAAAGGAUCUAUGCGUGGUCCGAGAGGAGUACCAGUUCGAGUUGCGAUUAAACAAUUGAAGGUAAACGCUGUAGAUGAGGAGCGUCAAGAAUUUGAGCGCGAACUGGAUAUGAUGAAGCAUGUCGGCCGCCACCCAAACAUCGUGACCAUGUACGGUUACUGUAGAGAAGGAGAAGCCCCAUGUAUGGUUAUGGAAUACGUACCAUUUGGAGAUUUAAAGCAUUAUUUGCAGAGCUUGAGAAAACAGCUAUCCCUCGCCGUCUCCACCCUCAAAUCCUCCCUCCGAAUUGACGAUGUCACCUGCCAUCCAAUAAAUGCCGUCUCUAUGACCGAUUCGGUGAUGUCGAAAAAUGAGGACCAUGUUGAGCUGCAAUAUGAGCUCGACCCAACGGAAUUGCAAUCUUUUGCCUGCCAAGUGGCUGCUGGAAUGGCUCACCUUGAAUCUCUGGGUGUUACCCAUCGCGAUCUAGCCGCUAGGAAUAUUCUAGUUGGUGAGAAUAAGCAAUUAAAGAUCAGUGAUUUUGGGAUGUCCCGUCAGGGCGUGUACGUUAAAGUAUCGAAGGGUGUAAUCCCGCUACGAUGGUUGAGUAUUGAAGCUAUUAAAGACAAUGUAUAUUCGACAAAAAGUGAUGUUUGGGCGUACGGUGUCGUCCUUUGGGAAAUCUGUACCCUGGGUGGAUUCCCUUACGCUACAAUUUCCGAUAAAGAUUUGCUACAGUAUCUAGCUGAAGGACAACGAUUGGAAAAACCAAUGAGUUGCAGUGAUGAAAUAUAUUCGUUGAUGGUAUCAUGCUGGCGUACAAUCCCCACGGAACGCCCCUCAUUUGCAUGUCUGGCCGAUCGACUAGGUGCGAUCCAUGCACCAUACGUCGAAUUUCUCCCUCAUGCCAAACUCCCACCGCAAGCCCCAUCCACCCAAAACUCCAAG